AUGAUCUUGCUGGAAUGGAACUGAGUGGCAACAAAGUUCGGAAGCUCGAAUUUCUGAUGGCAGAUGCCGUCGCGCAGGGUGCCGACUGCGUUAUUACUGUCGGUGGUAUCCAGAGCAACCAUUGCCGAGCCACUGCCGUGGCUGCCAAGUAUGUUAAUCUUGAUUCCUAUCUGAUACUAGCUACCUCCACGCCUCUUGUGGAUAAAGAUCCUGGUUUGGUUGGUAAUCUACUUGUCGAGAGAUUGUUGGGAGCGCACAUUGAUCUUGUCUCAAAACGAGAAUUUGUUAAAUUUGGGAGUGUGGCUUUAACUGAUUUGCUAAAAAAGAGACUUCUGGAAAAAGGACGGAAGCCGUAUGUGAUUUCUGGUGGUGGAUCCAACUCAUUAGGACAUUGGGGAUAUAUUGAGGCAGUAAGAGAGAUUGAGCAGCAAAUUCAGUUAUCUGGUGAUAUUCAGUUUGAUGACAUUGUUGUUGCAUGCGGCAGUGGUGGAACUGUUGCUGGUCUUGCUUUAGGAUCGCAAUUGAGUAGCUUAAAGGCAAAAGUCCAUGGAUUCUCUGUUUGUUAUAACUCUCGGUACUUCUAUGACAAUGUUCAAGGUCAUAUUGAUGAACUUCAACCUGGUUUGAAUUCCCAUGAUAUAGUCAGCAUUGAAGAUGCUAAGGGCUUAGGUUAUGCCAUGAGCACAGCUGAGGAGCUUAAAUUUAUAAAGGAUAUAGCUGCAGCAACUGGCAUUGUGCUUGAUCCAGUCUACAGCGGAAAGGCAGCAUAUGGUAUGCUGAAAGACAUGUCCAGCAAUCCAACCAAGUGGAAAGGGCGAAAGGUCCUCUUUGUCCAUACUGGUGGUCUCCUUGGGUUGUAUGAUAAGGUGGAUCAGCUGUCAUCUGAAGUUGGGAGCUGGCGCAGAAUGGAUCUUGAAGAAUUUGUCCAUGCAAAGAUGGCACUCAGAAAGGUGGCCUAAGUGUCCAAUCGUCUACGAAGAUGUCUCUGGCUAGAGAUUAACAACAUCUGUUAGUUUUGCCUCAGAAGGUGCUGAGAAUGCCCUGGAGUAAAAACUGAACCAUUCCUUUUAUGGUGGCUGUUGUUAAUUCUCUUAUGAGAA